AUGCUGACCAAUAUUUUACUCAUGUGGUUUUCAGAAUGCGUUAAAAAAGACAGCGUAUCAUUAUCGCCGCCUGAAAACAUUCUUUUCCGUCCAUUUUAUAUAGCAGAUAAUCUUUUUGGUUCUUUAAAUAGUUAUUUAACAACAAAAGUUGGUUUAUCGAAUAUUACAAACACUGUACAACAACGUGCAUUUUCCCUCUUACAUAAUACCAGUGUAAGACUUUCUGAAGCGACAAAAGUUCAAGAAAUAUUAGAACCAGAGAUAAAAGAUGCAAUUAAAAAUCCGGCAGUUCGAGCUGACAUAGUGAAACAAGUUUUAUCAAUAGUUACAGCUGUUGUACAAUUACCUAAAGAUAGCAAAUCAAAGAAGACAUCUUCCACCAAAACCAACACGUCGAAUGCAACCACUCCUAAAAGUCCUGUUUUCACUACAAUUCCGCAAUUCUCAAUUGUUCAAAACCCUAUAUUUGUUCCAUAUAAUUCCUUUACAGAGAGAAUCGUACCAAUCCAUACCCUAGCUUCACCAGUUGUUGAAAACCCAACUGUUAAAGGCACUGAAAUUUCUUCAUGGCAGUCACUGGUUGGAGUAAGUCCGCCUUCUCAGCUCUAUGGUGAAAUGGCUAUAAAGCCAACCAUUAAACAAGGAUUUUUACGACAAUUGGGUUCAGAUAUAAUUAAUAUGACAAAAGAAAUAGAAAAAUCCAACAAAAUUUUUUUACAUACAAAUUUGUUUGUCGAAACAGAAGAGUUAGGUUUGUACUCAACGAUUGAAGAUUAUAUUCAACUUCUUCAAAAUCAAACAGCAAAAAGCGCGUUACUACAUAUUGACGAUGGAUUCAUAAAAGAAAAAGUUAUUAAACGGGCAAACCUUCCGUUUUCCUCAUUAGCUCCUCUUCCGAUUAAAGCUGCAUCCGUUAAAAAGGCGUUAACUUUAUUGUGCCAAAGUAUAAUGUUACUGUUUCCUUCAAAAGCAGCAGAAAAUUUUAAACCUAUUUACAUUUGGUAUAUUGAGGCACUAGUCGCUCAACGUUCUCAAUAUACUCCAUACGUGUUUGCAGCUAUGGCUUUAAACCUAAUGGAAUUCAUGAACCAAACUCAAAAUUUAGGUACUCCGCCAUCUAAAAACAUCCACGUUGGGAAAUUGACUUCCUUAUUACUUUUUCGGGAUUCUGACCAUCCAGAAGAAUAUGCGCGUAUUGCUAGGGAUUAUAUCAAGGGCCGCGCUACGUUAUAAUGCAAGAAAGCAUUUUUUUUAAUGCAUCAAUUCGAUGCUUUUCCCUUCGUUAAAAUGAAUUUUAAUUAAACUUUAUCCCAAUACUUUCUUUUCCGAAAAUAAUAAUCCGGU